GGAAGCUGGGCUAUUCCCAACUGCCAGUGAUCUCUGCAAAAGGCUCUCAGGCUCCCUCUUUGCUCCAAUAGACAGGAGGGACUUAGGGCUGGAUAAUCGUCAAAUUCUUACCUCGCCCUUUCACUGCUAGUGGGAUCAGAUUGCAUUUCUCUCAGUAUUCUCUGCUUUCCAGUUUCUUGAUCUGUUUAAAAGACGUAGAGAAGAUAAAUCCUCUCUUCAGUACCUAGAAGGGAAAACAAAAUAACCUCAACGCCGCUUUGAAAAAAUCUUUCCAAGAACUUUCUUCAGAGAUUUGACUCAGGUGAUCUAUACAAUGAAGAAAGAACAUGUUCUUUGGGCUUCUCUGCUGCUCUGUCUUGCCCCUGCCCCUCUUAAAGCUGAUCCUGAGGAAGGUGAAGAACACACAAAUAUCACAGAUACUGCGUUGCCACCACUGAAACCUAUGCAUUCAUUUUGUGCACUGAAGGCGGAUGAUGGCCCAUGCAAAGCAAUGAUGAAGAGAUUUUUCUUCAAUAUUUUCACUCAACAGUGUGAAGAAUUUGUAUAUGGGGGAUGUGAAGGAAAUCAGAAUCGAUUUGAAAGUCUGGAAGAGUGCAAAAAAAUAUGUGUAAGAGUGUAUGAUUUCCAGGUGGAUGAUUAUAAAACCCAGCAUGAUGUUUGGAAUAAUAACUCCUUGACUCCCCAACCAACCAAGGUUCCCACAACUUUUGCUACAAAAGAAAGAACAAAUGAUGGUUGGAAGAAUGCUGAUCAUAUUUACCAAGUUUUUCUGAACGCCUUCUGCAUUCAUGCAUCCAUGUUCUUUUUAGGAUUGGAUAACAUUUUAUGCACCUGUUAAUAUUUGUGCUUUUGGC